GUUGAUGUGCUGAGGGGGCGGAGGGCGCCAAUGGGCUACCCAGCCUUACAAUGUAACAAUCAAGAGAGCUGCCGGGCACAUAUAGACGCCACCAGGGCCUCAAAUUCCACGGCACCCCUCGGUCUCUCAUUUACACUGUCUCGGUCAAUCAUGCACUUGACUGCGACAGACCUGCUUAUUGUAUAGAGCAGGAUGGUUCUCGACCCUCUCAGUGCCGUCAGCCUGGUGGUAAACAUCUUCGACCUGAUCAACCAGAGUAUCAAUGUUAUCUCCAAGGCGCGCGAAGUCCAUCGAUCUGGGGCAGACAACGAAGCCGUGGACGUUGAGGCGACGACCAAGGAUCUCGCGGAGCUGACAGCAAAGCUUCAGCCUAAUAAACCUCCGGACGGAAGCGCGCAGCUGCCGGAAUCGAGCGAUCCGGCUCUCGACAGCAUUUGCCAUGGUUGCAGGGAUGUCGCACAGGAGCUUCUCGAUGCCCUCGCUAAGGUGACGGUGGAAGGGAAGAGCAGCAAAUGGAAAAGCACGAGGAAGGCUCUACGGAGUGUAUGGAGCAAAGAGAAAAUAUAUGCCAUUGAGAAGCGGCUGAAUACAUAUCGAGACGAGAUCAACCUCCGGCUGGUUGCGGAUCUUAGAGAACGCGUCGAUCUCCUGGCGCUCCAGCAACUCUGCCUUUCCGACCUUCAGCGCGACAACACCAAGAUAAUCGUCGAUGCUAUGAUCAAUGACCGGCACAUCUUGCAACGGGCAUUACAGUCGCAGAACGCUGACACCAGAAAAGCAAUAGCAGAGGAGCAGGCCAAAACCAGCGUCACGAUGGUUGGCGCCGUGCAGGCGGCCCAGAUUAACAGCCAGGAAGAACAAAGGCUCAUCUUCCGGCAGAUUCUCGAGGUGAAAGGAGCUAUAGAACAGAUUAAGAAUGACAUGCGCAAGAAGGACGAGGAAUUUAAAGAGACAGUACUGGCAUAUAUCGCUUCCCACAGCCCGAAAAAGCGAAAAGCGUUGAGGGAGAAAAGCAAUCUAAUAUCUUCUGCAUUGAUGUCACUGGAAACCAUAUACAGAAGUUUACAGGUCCUCCUUGCAAACCUACAAGGAAGAGUCAAGUCUCUCCUUGCCCCGCUCAACACUUGUCAGCUCUGGAAUGCCGUACCAUUUCCAGCGCCCGCAUUCCCUCCAGGCUCGGGAACCACCCAGACCGCCGAGACGGCGCGGAUGCUGUACUACGCUUACUAUUACCUCAGCCUUGUGCGCGGAGACCUGGUGCGAACGGACAUACACACCAUCUGGCCUCUGCAGCGGGACCGAUACGACGAGCUGGUCUCAGACAGUGCUCCAAACAGGAUGUAUGCAAUCGAGGCCGCAGACUGGUUGCGCCUGAAGGACACUGGCCCGCUCAACCCGUCCUCCGGCAUGUCAUGGACCUGGCGGAUCGACGGACGAUUGCGAGAGCUGUCGCCCGGCUCUUUGGCAUAUAACUUUGUCUGGGGAAUGGCUGUAAUCGCAGCUACCAUAUCAGAGUGCAUCGAUCAGACGAAGGCUUGUCCGUCUUCCUCGUCACUCCCCUCUCAGGGCGUCGAGGCUGAGGCUGAGGCUGAGGCUGAGGUUGACGUCCAACUCUCCAUCUUUGCGCGCCUCUUCGACGAACGUUAUCGCGCAUCGGAGCAAAAGUUCACGCAUGCAUCUAUCUCGGCCCCACACCUCCUCAAAGACGUCAAAGUAUGGCAAUCCGUUGGGGAGAUGACCCAUCUCCGGUCUAAAGUUGCGGAGUGGCUGGACGAGGAGAUAAGCGUGUUCGCCCAAGAACGCAGGCUGACCCCCGACCGACGGCGGGUGGUCCUGGACAUGGAAGAGAUACAAGAGCUUAUCAACGUCCUGAUCCUCUUGACGGAUAGGCACCCAGACCAGCGCGGCAUCACGCUGAGUUCAGUCAAGGUGUGCGCGGUCACCAACGUGCUGGCGAGGUGUGGUAUCAAUGUACCAUUGAAAAGCGGCGGAGUCACCCCACUGAUUGCGCAUCCGGAUCGGUAUGCGGAUAUAUUGCUUUAGUCCUGAAGAGAAGCGCAACGAUGUUAGACGAUCACGUUUAAUGGGGUGUAAUGAAUUAUAAUGAGCACAUAAUGGGAG